CGCCUGCAUGUUUGCCUGUCGGCCAUGAGGGUUCUGGCUCAGAUUUCUUGCCCUACACCACGUUGUUUCCCCACAUUUGGCAAGCUAACCAAUAAACGGAGGUCCAUUCUUAUCCUUGCCUGAUACACGAGGCAGGGUAACCGGUUCCGCGUGCCCUCGAAGACCGGCUACAUAUAGCUAUUAGCGACUAUAUGUGCGAUCCAUUCUAUCGAGUCAUCUAUUCCCUACACCCAGCACCGGUUUUCUGUGCUCAUAUCUCCUACAUUUACGCUCGUGUCUUCUGGCAUUUUACAACAACUACACGAUGGAUAUCGACAUGGACUCUCCAGUCGGUCCGGUGAUCGUGACGGACUACAAUGAAUCGCACAGCCACGGAAUUGCAGUGAGAUAACGUUUACGCCAUCAGUCCUCAGAAGCAGGUUCUAACGCUCGUUAUGUUGCAGGUAUAUGGCGCUGAGUUCGACCUUUGUGAGCUCCUACAAACACUGACCCUGUCGAAAGGCAAGACCAAGGCUCCCGAAAACGAUCCAACAGUCCCUGUUGUCCCCUAUGCCUUGCAAAGGGGAAGCGAGGACGCUGCAAACACAGAGGAUCCGGCGUACCACUCCGACGCGGAAUCAUCAAGUUCAAAGUCCAGCUCAUGCGACCUCACCACCACCACCACCACCACCCACCUGCCCACCUCCUCUAUGAUAGUCCCACCCUCCCCACUCCCCGCAUGCCACUUCCUCCAGUCCAUACUCGCUUCACUCGCCCCAGAAUCCCACGUCCUCUCUCCAUCCCCUUACCCCUACCCCAUGUCAUCGCAGUUCCGCACGACGGGAGGCGAAUAUCUGGACAUGAUUCUCACCCAUCGCGCCCUGCUCAGCGCAUUUCCCCCUGCACACAGAGGCUGUGCAGUGGCCUUGCAGGAAAUAGCAAGAGCAGUAGAGGUGAGGGCGUGGCGGGCCGAUCGUGAAUCAGACGCCGAGGCAGUGGCAACCCUGAGGCAGGAAGCCUAUCUGACUUCCGCAUGGCUCUAAAGAGUCAGUAUCAUUAUGCGCUGCAGGGCAGCGCGUCUGUACACUUUAAGUGCUAUAUAUAGCACGUGUCCAGAGUACUUACUUCAUGUAUUGGAUUAAAGACACCACAUGUAAUUAUGUGCACAUCAAACAAGUUUCCAAUCCUCCUCCCUAUGUAGUGCAACCGGGCACACAUCGAUAAUUUACUAGGAAACUCCUUUGGUGUCGUGUCUCGUAACAAGAUGGAUAGAAAAUUCUCAUUGAUCCACGAAAGACUCCUUCACCACCGUCACCAAAAUCUGGGGUGGCUAAAGCG